CGUUGGAUGACCGAACGUCUUCUUCGAAGUAAGAAGAUUAGUAGGACCACGACAGGGACGAACGAAGAAUUGGGAAUCCCGACGUGGAUAAACCUGUUUCUUCUCAUAGUUGGGAUGACGAACGUCUCCUGCGAAACCAGGAGACCAGUACUCACGAGACUUGGGAAGAACAAAGAUCGAGUUCUUUACCGGAGUCUGUUGCGUGCCGAGUGUACACCGCUUAGCGGUCCAUACAUAGGACCACGGAUACGGUAGACGAACGAAGACCAGCUCCAUGGAUCAGACACGACGGACCAGUUCUUUACCGAAGUCUGUUGCGUGCCGAGUGUACACCGCUUAGCGGUCCAUACAUAGGACCACGGAUACGGUAGACGAACGAAGACCAGCUCCAUGGAUCAGACACGACGGACCAGUUCUUUACCGGAGUCUGUUGCGUGCCGAGUGUACACCGCUUAGCGGUCCAUACAUAGGACCACGGAUACGGUAGACGAACGAAGACCAGCUCCAUGGAUCAGACACGAUGGACCAGUUCUUUACCGGAGUCUGUGCGUGCCGAGUGUACACCGUUUAGCGGUCCGUACAUAGGACCACGGAUGCGGUACACGAACGAAGACUAGCUCCUCAGAUCAGAUGGGAGGGACAUCACCCAGAUUUAUUUCAGGCUCACCAUUCCUUCCCGGAUGGAGUCCUGACAGACGAUCGGCUUCUCACAGCCAAUCAGGAGAGAGACUUGACACAUCACCAGCACGGCCGAGGGCCGCGAGACGAUUACCACUCACCGACAGGCCGAGGGCCAUGAGAUGAUCAUCACUAUUUUCCUGCAUCACGAUCGGCCCCCUCAGCCCCAUCGUGUCCAGACUCACGGUUCGGCUCGCCCAUCCCCUCCAGGAUGGCGACGACCGUCUUGUGCAGUACGACCGGCCCCUCAGCGCCAUCGUACCCGGCUCACGUUCAGCUCGUCCAUCCCUUCCAGGGUGGCGACGAACGUCUUGUGCAGUAUGAUCGGCCCCUCAGCGCCAUCAUACCCAGUUCACGGUUCGGCUCGCCCAUUCCCUCCAGGAUGGCGACGACCGUCUUAUGCAGUACGACCGGCCCCUCAGCGCCAUCGUACCCAGCUCACGUUCAGCUCGCCCAUCCCCUCCAGGAUGGCGACGACCGUCUUGUGCAGUAUGAUCGGCCCCUCAGCACCAUCAUACCCAGUUCACGGUUCGGCUCGCCCAUUCCCUCCAGGAUGGCGACGACCGUCUUAUGCAGUACGACCGGCCCUUCAGCGCCAUCGUACCCAGCUCACGUUCAGCUCGUCCAUCCCUUCCAGGGUGGCAACGAACGUCUUAUGCAUCACGAUCGGCCCCUCAGCGCCAUCGUGUCCAGAUUCACGGUUCGGCUCGCCCAUUCCCUUCCAGGAUGGCGACGACCGUCUUAUGCAGUACGAUCGGCCCCUCAGCGCCAUCGUACCUGGCUUCACGGUUCAGCUCGCACAUUCCCUCCGGGAUGGCGACGACCGUCUUAUGCAGCACGAUCGGCCCCUCAACGCCAUCGUGUCUCUUUCACGUUCGGAUCGCGCAUCCCCUCCAGGAUGGCGACGAACGUCUUAUGCAGUGCGAUCGGCCCCUCAGCGCCAUCGUACCUGGCUUCACGGUUCGGCUCGCGCAUCUCUUCCAGGAUGGCGACGAACGUCUUAUGCAGUGCGAUCGGCCCCUCAGCGCCAUCGUACCUGGCUUCACGGUUCGGCUCGCACAUUCCCUCCGGGAUGGCGACGACCGUCUUAUGCAGCGCGAUCGGCCCCUCAGCGCCAUCGUGUCUCUUUCACGUUCGGAUCGCGCAUCUCUUCCAGGAUGGCGACGAACGUCUUAUGCAGUGCGAUCGGCCCCUCAGCGCCAUCGUACCUGGCUUCACGGUUCGGCUCGCACAUUCCCUUCAGGAUGGCGACGACCGUCUUAUGCCGCACGAUCGGUCCCUCAGCGCCAUCGUGUCUCUUUCACGAUCGGAUCACGCAUCCCCUCCAGGAUGGCGACGAACGUCUCAUAUGCAGCACGAUCAGCGCCCCAGCACCAUCGUGUCUGGCUCGUGUUCGGCUCGCCCAUCCCUUCCAGGAUGGCGACGAACAUCUCUUAUACAACUCGAUUGGCCCCUCGGCGGCAUCAUGUCUAGUUCACCUCCGGCUCCGCCCAUGCCAUCUCGGAUGGGGGACCCGUCGUAUGCAGCAUGAUUGGCCCCUCGGCGGCAUCAUGUCUAGUCCACCUUCGGCUCCGCCCAUGCCAUCUCGGAUGGGGGACCCGUCUUGCGCAGCGCGUCUGCUUCUCGGUGCUGACAUGCCCGGGUUAUCGAUGAGAGCUACUGCUUCUAUCACAUCUUGCAUUCCCUCUCUCAUACAUUACAUACAUACAUUACAUGCAUACAUACAUUCAUGCAUCAUACCUCAUACAUUCAUACAUACACACGUGCAUCAUGUUUGACAGUACCGCGGCGUCGGUUUAUAGAUGAUGGACCUCUAAGCUUCUCCGAUUGGAAAGCUCGAGUCAGAGUUCUUUACUCCCGCCUGAUGCAUUCAGGGGGAGUGUGCCCGUGGAGGAGCACCCUUCGCCCGACCCUGUCGGGAAGGGGGGUGCCUCACUGGUAGAUUACGUUCAGGAGUGCAGACACUCACUCAUAUAUGAUGAUUAUGUGAAGACACAGUUUCCAGCAAGACAGAGGAAGAGCGCAGACAGAGUAUAUUUUCUCGAGCAGAUUCGCGAGCUCACUACUCAAGAAACUGGGGGACUUGUGUUGGGAUAUAUUAUCCCGGCCUAUUACUGUUCAUGAGUCCAAGGCUUUACGUAGUACGGAGCCCGAGCAGCUAGGCCCAUUUCGGCCCAUCCGGCCCACUUUAGCCAUUUGGGCCCACUCCGGCCCAUGCGGCCCAUUAGGGUGGAGAGCAUCCCCUUCCCCUAUUCUCUAUAAAUAUGGGGGUUUCCCUCCAUAUUAGGGAUCUUGUCUUCUUCCUUCUUUCUAGAAUAGAAUAGCUAGCUUCAUCCUCCAUUAAUGGGAGCUCAAUACCUUGUACUUUGUAAUGGUGAGGAGAGAUUAAUGAGAAGGAGAGGACUUGGACAUUAGCCUAAAAAGUCCCGUGGUUUUCUCCCUUUCGGGUUUCCACGUAAAAAUAGUUUGUUCAUACACAUUUAUACAUAUAUUUACUAUAUCGUGUUGGAUUAAACUCAACAUCAAGUUUGAUAUUUUUUAUAAUAAUC